UUGAAUAUGUUCCGGAAUUUUGACGGUGGCGCUCUGCACCGUUAAUCUGCUCACAGAGAUAAAUAAGAAGCAGGGGCCAGGGGUGUUUUGUCGUUGCUUGGUGUGGACUGGGGAGGCACGCUGCGAGGGAGCGCCGACAUUGUUUGAAAAGGUUGACAUGAUGACGACUUCCCCGUGGGACCUGUGGUACUCCGCAAGCUGCUGUCUUUGCUGUCAUGUCCGCACAGGAACCAUCAUCCUGGGGGUUUGGUACAUGCUCAUCAACGCUGUGGUGUUACUCAUCCUCCUCACGGCGCUCAGUGAUCCCGAGCAGUACCACCUGACCAGCGCUGAGUUGGCUAAUGACUUGGAUGUCAUGGAUGAUGCCAAUUCAAAAUGUUUGUCUUGUCUUUCUGCUUCAGACAUGUGCAUUGCCUCGGCCAUCUCGUUGCUGAUGAUACUCAUAUGCGGGAUGGCAACAUAUGGUGCAUUCAAGUUGCGUGCUGCCUGGAUCAUCCCAUUUUUUUGCUACCAGAUCUUUGACUUUGCACUCAACACCCUAGUUGCUGUGAGCAUUGUGGUUUAUCCAAACACGAUACAGGAUUACCUGCAGCAACUGCCUGACAAUUUCCCUUACAAAGAGGAGAUUGCUGCACUGAGUAAUGUGUGCUUGGUUCUCAUUGUGCUGAUAUUCAUCAGCUGUAUCCUGGGCUUUAAGGCUUACCUGAUAGCCUGCGUGUGGAACUGCUACAGAUAUGUUUGCAGCCGCGGCACUGCUGAAAUCCUGCUUUAUGUCACAACCAAUGACACAACGGUCCUGCUUCCUCCAUAUGAUGACUGUGUCAAUGUUCCUAGCAAACAGGGUGCCCAUCUGUCCUUGUCCACAAUGACAGCAUGAGAACAUCGCCCGGAUCCCUCUGAGUGGAGCCUGAUGUUAAUUAAUACAAUCCAUAUGUGCACCACACUGCCUCUCCGAUGUCCCUCAAACUCAUGUUUUUUCUGCACACAUUUUUUUAUGAACAAAGUAAUCACACACGCAUACUGUAAAAUGCACACACCAUAACACCGGCGUGACCUAACCCUUACUUAUGUAUCUCAUUAGUCCCAUACACACUCUAAUUCCAUCCAUUUGAGGAAUUCCUGGAAUAUUGUAUGCAUUCAAGUUUGGUGAUAUUACCAUUAAGAAUGAACAAAUUGUUUGAUAGACGAGAGAUUAUAUAUAUAUUUUUAUUAUUGCUGUACUUUCUCUUUGUGUCAUGCUCAAGCAAUCAAUGCCCAGAGCAGAUGAGUAAUGAGUUGACAUGAUUCCUGUCCGUUGCAUCUCUGCUCAUGACCAGGCUGGAAUGCUUUUACUGUGUUUAUACUGCACUGGUGUUCUCUUCGAUGGACACCACCUCAGAAUAUAACAUUGACAAAAACGUGUUUUGAGAGUGUCCUAAUCUAAUGCCGUGUGAUUUGUUUUGUCUUUCUGCUGAUGAGAAAGAAAAAAAAAAGAUCUUUGUCUAAAUUGUAUAACUAUGGUAGUUUUGAGUGAAUGGAAAUUGGUUCACACAGUCUUAUUAUAAAGUUACAUAUGGGAAUGAUGUGACGACGUCAUCGGACUUCUAUGUUACAUGGGCAAAAUUAAUCCAUUUGUGUUUUUUCAAUGAAGAACGGGUUCUGUUAUGUGAAAAAAAAACACACAAACGUGCUUUUGGGAUAAAUGUUUUCCAGAAGGCCAAUCCCCCGCUGGGAUGUGCAAUCAAAGUGAAAAAAAUGAUGUUUUCUCAUGCAUUAAACUCAAAUUGAGAUUUCA